CGGACUUGAAUAUGAUGCACAAGCAAAACGAAGAUGCAUAUCAUAAUCCAGAGGCAAGACUAUAUGAAGAUAAAAGGGCUAUUGUAUCUGUUGACCUAAGUUUGGCCUCCCCAAGACCUGAGAACACAGAAGCAUCUACAAAUAAAAUAGCAGGUUUUACAUUUGCACAGACCUCUCCUUUUGCUCGAGGUAACGUGUUUGGUGAACCACCAUCUCCACAGCAUCUUAAGCGACAAGAGUCGUACAAGAACUUUCUUCGUCUACAGAUCGAGGAAAAGAGACGUAGGGAAGAAGCAGAGCGAGAAAAACUUAAAAUGGAAGAAGAAAAAGAAGAAAAAAGACUAGCUGAACAAAGGAUGAGAAUUCAAAAAGCAUAUGAAGAUGAACAAGAAGAGAAAAGAAAGAAAGAAGAGGAGCGGAGAUUGAAAAAUAAAGAAAUAAUUCGAUUAGAUGAAGAGAGGCAAAAAGAGGCAGAAAAAAGAAGAAAGGAAAAAGAAGAAAAGGAUGACCAACUUAGACAAUAUUUUGAGAAAGAAAAGAUGGAAGAGGAAAAGAAGAUGUUUUCAAAACAACUCAUUCCCGCUCUUCAGAACAAAUCAAUAAGAAAAGAAGAAAGGAUUCCCUCUGCUGAGAGCCAUAUAUCUUACUAUGCACAAGAUCCUCCACAACCAAGGGUUCCUUCUCCACCUGUCCCUGCUAGAAGAAAUCAGUUGCGCGCACUUGAGGAAAGAAAGAAUGUGAUAAAUGAGUUAUCAGAGAUGAGGAAACAGCUUCGUAGUGAAGAGAGGCGACUGCAGGAACAGUUGCUAAAUGUGGCCAGUGAUGAUGAUAUACCAAUUACACGCGGGAGGAGAGAGAAGAAUCCAAAGGACGUAUUUGAUAUGGCCAGGCUUCGUCUGCAGGCUCCAGUACGGCGACCUUCAUCAAAGGAUGCACAAGAUCCCGUGAAUAUACAGAAUAUCUGGGAAUUUAAUGAACUUAAAUACACAGAUUCUGAAACGCGUAUGGGCUUGAGGCACAUGUAUCCUGAUCCUCCAAAAGAUGACCACACUCUGGAGAUUCAACAGCAGGCACUGUUGAGGGAGCAGCAGAAGAAACUUGACAGAAUGAGAAUGAGGAGAGAAACAGAAGAUGAAUCCGCUUCUGGCGGUAACCCACAAACUAUGCGACUGUUCAGGAUUGAAUCUAAUGAGUUCUUGAAAAAUUCACUGUUGGAAUCGGAUAGUGCUUUUAUCGGUGCUAAUGGGGAAACAUUUCCUGCCUUAGGAGAAGUGAAUUUAUCACCACAGCCUCCACCUUCUGCAAGGGAGAGGAGACGAAUAAAGCAGAAAGCGUUGGAGUGUGGUGAUUACGUUCCACCAGACCAGACACAGUUGCUGCAGCCUGACGGCUUUUCUUUGCACUCGAACUUCAGCCUCGAUGUUGAUCAGUUGAAAGGCAAGAAUGAAGAACGAUUGCGCAGACUGACGGAGCUCCAGCAGAAGUCUGCUUAUUUAGGUGAUAACAUUUCCUUGGGUGAAGCAGAUGACCUGUUGAAGCGUGCUCCAGCUGAGGACAGCAGACGGCCCAGUUCCGUUGACACGGUGGCAACAGAGCCCUGGCUGCGACCGGGCACCUCAGAGACACUCCGAAGGCUCAUGGCUGACCAGUCCAGCCCAGCAAAGCUUCCACCUGACAACACGCUGCCGCUGAGUUGGGAAGGCCUCUCGACCGCCCAUGGCUGA